UAUGCAUCUAUCUAUAAAUAAAUAGAAGGUCCUACAAGGCCUCAUUAAGCACUAUCAACCACCAUAUCAUUUUUCUCUGUGCAUGCAUUAGUAUUCUUACUUCGCAGAUUUACCCAACAGUUUUUUAUGCAGAUGAGUUCUUCAAACCAACACACAUCGUCAGGGCUAAUAGCUCGUGGAUGGGUGAAGGUUAAGGCUAUGCCUAAGGGUUUGAAGGAGAAGGUGUUCAAUUUUUACAGGACAGCCAAAGAGAUACAGCAAGAUGACCCAAGAAGAGUCAUUCAUGCCCUCAAAGUAGGACUUACACUCACUCUGGUGUCUCUAUUCUACUAUCAUCAGCCCCUAUAUGACAGUUUUGGUCUCUCUGCAAUGUGGGCCGUUAUGACCGUAGUUGUUGUCUUUGAGUACUCUGUGGGAGCUACUCUGGGAAAAGGUUUGAACAGGGGAUUAGCGACACUACUUGCUGGUGCUCUUGGCGUUGGAGCUCAUUACUUAGCCGACCUAUCUGGACAGACAAUAGAACCCAUCUUGAUUGGCUUCUUUGUGUUUCUUCAAGCUGCAAUAGCAACAUUUAUAAGAUUUUUCCCCAAAAUCAAAGCAAGAUAUGAUUAUGGGCUGCUCAUAUUCAUCUUGACAUUCUCGUUGAUAUCUGUAUCUGGUUUUCGAGAGGAUGAAAUAAUAGAGAUGGCACACAAGAGACUCUCCACCAUUUUCAUUGGGGGAUCUGCAUGUGUCAUGAUAUCCAUUUUUGUUUGUCCUGUAUGGGCCGGUGAAGAACUCCACAGCUUGAUUGCCCUCAACUUGGAAAGCCUUGCCAACUUCUUACAAGCAUUUGAAGACGAGUAUUUUAGAACAUCGAAGGAAGGAGAGUCUAAAGAUGUCAUGACUGCCUUGCUGGAGGGGUAUAAAACUGUCCUCAAUUCAAAGAGUACAGAAGAGUCAUUGGCUAAUUUUGCAAGAUGGGAACCACGUCAUGGGAGGUUCCAAUUUCGUCAUCCAUGGGACAAAUACCUUAAAAUUGGAACUCUCACCCGCCAAUGUGCCUAUCGAAUGGAAGCUCUAAAUGCUCAACUGAACUCUAAUCUCCAAGCAUCAGCAGAGAUUAGGAGUAUAAUCCAGGAGGUGUGUUCAGAAAUGAGUUUGGAAUCAGGGAAAGCUCUAAAGGAGCUAGGGAUGGCAAUGAGCACGAUGAGAAAGCCAUGCUUUGUAGAUAUCCAUAUAGCCAACUCAAAAUCCGCCGCCAAAAGCCUCAAUUCAUUGCUCCAAUCAAGCUUGUGGAAAGAAAUAGAUCUUUUAUCGAUCCUACCAGCGGGCACUGUGGCUUCCUUGCUAUGUGAUAUUAUUGCUUGCAUUGAGGAAAUUGCAGCUGUUGUGAAUGAACUUCCCUCACUCACGAACUUUGAAACUAUAGACACAACUAAAUCCCCAAGCAAAAUUCAGUCUACUCCACAUAGUGAUAGUAACUCUGAUGUGGUGAUUUUGGUUGAAGACUUGACUAUAUCUGAUUUACCGAAAUCUAAAUCUUUGUCUGAUCAACAUAACACUAAUAGAGUGUGAUCUACACAUUUAUAUAUAGACGUUAUUUCACUAAAGCGAUCCAUCCUUAACAUUAGAUCAUAACUUAUCAUAUAACAUAAAGUUAAGUUGUAGUACGAUUCAUUUAA